UCGUUCAGGGCAAACAAUGGCAUUAGCCUGGAUGCUAUCGGUAUUAGCAAUCGUUUUCUUUCUUUUUGGCACUUGCGUUAAAGGAAAAUUAGUCUCUGCAAAUCCGGAAAAGUCCGCUAAUUUGACCGCUAUUGAGAAAUGCACAGAUGGCGAGGAAUUCAGACUGAUGACACAUGACAUGACUCUAACUGUGGCGAGUCUUGUUGGAGGGGUUUGGACGCCAGAAAGUGGUUACAACGGCAGGAUAAAACACCACUCAGAGUUGAGCGUCAUCUUAACUCCUGUAAACUACAAUGACAACGGACUCUAUGAGUUCACCUGCGGCAGCCGCGUUGUUACGGUCAUCGAGCUGGAGGUCAUUACAACCUGUGACGUUUCUGUGACAGAGGGAGACACAGUCACGCUUCCCUGCCAUUCAUUUACUGCAGGUGGAUCUGCGAAGGUUAUAAGAUGGGAAAAAGACGGAGAGCUUGUGAUUGAGCUGGACCCCUCCUCUGAGGAGAUCAGAUAUGCGGCUAAAUUUGAGAGAAGAGUGUCUGUGUCACCUGAUUGGCAUUUAAAGGGGGACACCUCGCUGACUUUUGAGCGGGUUGAGUCUGAUGACCAAGGAGAUUUCGUCUGCCACGCCCAAGAUAAAGAUGGAAAGAGAAAGCCUGUUGCUGUGAGAAUGAGGGUUAAGAAGUGUAACCUGGAUCAGACCACCUCCAAACCACCGCCUUUAUCUCUGACACAAAACAAGAUGGGAGAUUGGUCCAUUGCCAUUCUCGCAGUGGUGUGUUUGAUUGUAGGCAUACUUUUAGAUGCUGGGUUUCGUUGGUUGCUAAACUACUGCAGAUCAAAUAGACCCGCAAAAGAUGUGGAGAUGGACCCUCGCCCUGUUGGUUUGCUGAACGCAAAAAGUUAAUUUGCAUUUUAAAGUGUUACAACCAAUGAAUAGCCUAUUGGUUGUGCCUCCUGUAUUUUUUCCUACUUGUUUACUUUGUUUAGCUGUGUUGCCAUUUUUUUCUGAAGUCUGUGUGAGUAUCUUCUUUACCAAAAAAGCACAUUCUGGAUUUUGAAAUGUGAUCAUCUUUUGUUCACGAUUUCUUGUGUCUUCUGUGAGGUGGAGUGAAGGAGCCGAGGGUCUCACCUGUUUACAGAACAACUAACAAAAAAAUGAA